AUGCUUCUCCAAAGCGAGAAGAUCCCCUCAAAGUACGCGCCCCAAGAGGCCAAGGGCGCUGCUUCAACUGCCUCGAUCGAGCUGCAGUCCUCAGACGGCCAGACGGAGCCCUUCACAUUCACAUUCGAGGUCGUGCGGCCGACAGUCUUCCGCACCACCGUCACCUCCAAAUCCCGUCCCAUCCCCCCUUUCCCCAGCGCACACAAGCCCGUCACUGACUCGGCACCCACGGACGUCGAGGUCAAGACGUCAGAAAACACCCAGUCCUUCACCACAUCUGCCGCCAAGGCCGUCGUCGAAUGGUCCAACACCCCCAUCGUCUCCCUCUAUGCCGGCCACGAUGACUCCGGCAAGCCCAUCCACGCGGACCUGCCAUUCCGCUCAUACGCCGCCGACGGCCCCGGCAUCGCCCACUACUCCGUCUACAAGAAGGGCACGCUCCACGUCGGCCUCGGCGAGAAGGCCGCGCCCAUGGACCUUAGCGGCCGCGGUUUCCUCAUCUCGGCGAGCGACACCUUUGGCUACGACGCCUACCGCACCGACCCGCUCUACAAGCACAUCCCGCUGCUCAUCAACGUCACCCCCGAGGGCGCCGUCGGCAUCUUCUCCACCGCCCACUCGCGCUCGACCUGGUCCAUCGGAUCCGAGCUCGACGGCAUGUGGGGCGCCUACAAGGUGCACCGACAGUCCCACGGCGGCCUCGAGGAGUACCUCAUCGUCGGCAGGACCGUCGCCGACGUCGUGCGCUCGUACGCCGAGCUCGUCGGCUUCCCGCUGCGCGUGCCGCGCUACAUGAUGGGCUACAUCGGCGGCGGCAUGAAGUACAGCGCCAUGGACGCCCCGCGCGCCCACGACGCCAUCAUGGGCUGGGUCAAGAACUGCGAGAAGCACGACAUCCCCUUCUCGGCCUUCCAGAUGAGCUCCGGGUACACCGUCGCCGAGAAGGAGCCCAAGACCCGCAACGUCUUCACGUGGAACUACCACCGCUUCCCGGACCCGCGCGCCUUCACGCGCGAGGCCCACGCCCACGGCGUCCGCCUCCUCGCCAACGUCAAGCCGUACGUGCUCGCCACUCACCCCGAGUACAAGAAGCUGUCCGCCGCCGGCGCCUUCUUCAAGGACCCCAACACGGGCGAGACCGCCGUGACGAGGCUCUGGAGCGCGGGCGGCGGCGAGAGCGGCGAGGGGAGCCACCUCGACUUCACCAGCAAUGCGGGCUACCAGUGGUGGUACGACGGCGUUGUCGGGCUGAAGAAGGUCGGCAUCGACGUCAUGUGGAACGACAACAACGAGUACACCGUCCCCGACGACGACUGGCAGUGCGCCCUCGAGAAGACGGACCUUGUGCCGAUCCCUGAGGGCCUCAGCAGGAAAGAUGUCGGCAUCUGGGGCCGCGCCAUCCACACGGAGCUCAUGGGCAAGGCGUCCCACGACGCCACCGUCGAGGGCAAGCCGGAAGAGCGCCCCUUUGUCCUCACGCGCAGCGCGACGGCCGGAACCAUGAAGUACUGCGGCGCCUCGUGGAGCGGCGACAACGUCACUGCCUGGGAGUCCAUGAGAGGCGGCAACUCGUUGGCCCUGAACGCCAGCUUUUCCCUUCUCCACUGCUACGGCCACGACAUCGGCGGCUUUGAAGGCCCCCAGCCCACCCCUGAGCACCUCGUCCGCUGGAUCCAGCUCGGCGUGCACUCGCCGCGCUUCGCCAUCAACUGCUUCAAGACGAGCGAGGAGGACAACCUCAUCGGCGGCGUCAUCGAGCCCUGGAUGUACCCGACGGCCACGCCCAUCAUCCGCGCCACCAUCAAGCGCCGCUACGAGCUGGUCCCCUACACCUACUCCCAGAACCUCCGUGCCCACCACACCGCCGUCCCGCCGCAGCGCUGGACCGGGUGGGGCUACGAGGCCGACCCGGAGGUGUGGACCAAGGAGAUCAAGAACGGCGACACGCAGUACUGGUUCGGCGACGCCCUCGUCAUCGGCGGCGUCUACGAGCCCGGCGCCGACACGGCGAGGGUGUACCUCCCCAAGAAGGGCGACGGCUCAGAUUUCGGGUUCCUGAACACCAACGCGCCGUACGAGCACCUGGAGGCCGGCCGGUGGCACACGGUGCUCUCGCCGUGGUACACCUCCAUCCCCGUCCUCGCGCGCGUCGGCGCCGCCGUCCCCGUCGGCAGGCCGCUCGACACGACGUCCCGCGCCGAGACGGAUCCGGAGUUCCCGAACCAGGCCAAGGACGACUGGCGCGGCGUCGAGAUCUUCCCGCCGCCCGCGUUGCGUGGUUCCGCUGCUGCGGCGGCGGCCGUCGGGGGCUCGGACGCCGAGUCCGGGGCCAACGACGUCAAGGGCGUCGUGUUCAAGGACAGCUGGUACGAGGAUGACGGCAUCAGCCGCGAGGUGGCGGCGGAGUACAAGUUCACGAUCCGGUAUGAGAUUGUGGACGGGAGGAUUUCUGUCGAGGUCAAGGGAGCUGUUACGGAGGGCUCCAGGGAAGGAUGGAGUCCGUUGUGGCUCGAGAAGGGUGUCGAUGUGGUCUUGCCGGUCGGCGAGGAGAGGAGUGUCAUUACUCAGGGAGGCGAGGCCGUCGAAAAGACCUUGGAUGCGAAGGGUCGGAGGGUAUGGAACAUCUCUGUUAGCGUUUAG